UCCGCCGCUGCCGGAGCGCCCCGGAGGGAGCUGCGGAUCGCGAGGCCAGCACCGACCCCGCCCGCUAGCGCUCGCCUCCCCCGCCCGCCAUGGCCCGGGACUACGACCACCUCUUCAAGCUGCUCAUUAUCGGCGACAGCGCAUUUCGUCCGAUCCAUGGGGCCAGCCAGACUCAUCCUUAGAACCUGGAGGCCGCAGUGGCUGUUGAAGGUCUAAUUGAAGCUUUCGACCUCACAGAUGAGUGAACUGAGGCUCGGGGGUGCGGUGUGUGUGUGACCUGUCUGAUCCUAUACAGGGAAUUAGUUCCUGAGCCAGGAUUAAACCUGAGAACACGUUACUCAAAGGUCUAAGGGUUUCCAACAGUCUAGAACCGAAGCAAAGAGGGAUGAGGGAACUAGAGAGCAAGGGAGGAGCACGGCCAAGGGUGGGGGCUUCUAUGGAGGCAUUUUGAGGACCAGAGCAUCUGUGUAGGGCAAGAGGCAGAAGGCAGGGGCAAGAAGGAGUUUGAUGCAGGGAGAGCAGUGGUGACUGAGAGUGGGGGGUAAGGUUUUUGCAGAGAGAAUCUGUCUCCGGGCUACCAAGAGGCAUCAAGGGCCAGGGCCUGUGCUCUCUGCAGGGUUGAGGGUGAUGGGGCUGGCCUGUCGGGGUGCGUGCUGGAUAUGGCCCUUGGAAAGCUGCUGACUUCGGCUGUGGUGAAGGCAGAUUGGUACCCGUCACUUCCUCCCCUGGGCGGGUGCUGCAGGGUGGAUGGUAGCAGCAUGUGUUCCUAAGGUGGCUUCUUCAGGGGUAUUUAGGAAACGGUGUUUCUCUGCAUGGGUUUCCCUUCCUUUCAGGGGGGAGAGCAAGGCCAGAGGUGGGUGCUGGCCUGAAGAAGCCAUUGACGUGGUGACUGUAGUGGUUUUGAGCGGCUCUGCAGAUGAACUUGGGGUGAAUGAAGAGCACCCGGAGAGGCCAAGCUGGGGGGACGCUGCUGCUUCCCUGCUUCACGCAGAGAGCACCCCCCGCCCUUAGACGUAUGUGAGUCAGAUACCAUUUAACUUAAAAAAAGGAUGCUGCCGCCCCCCGAAAGUUUGACCACCUCUGCUGCUUGGGCUCCUUUUACUGCUGCAGCUGUAGCGUUGGGUAGCAUGGCUGUCUGUGAUUGGCAUUGGCUUAGUCAUAAAUUCACUAAACAGUGUUUUGUUGGCCCCUACUGAGUGCUGGGCCCAGCUUCCAGCCCCGUGAACAUGCAGGGCAAGUGGAGCGAGACCUCCUUCCUAGAGGAACUCAUGGCCCGGUGGCCCAGACACAAGGUUUUUGCUGAGUAAGCGGGCCAGGAGGCUCCAGGAGGAAGCAAGGAGCCGGCAGGGCCGAUGGGGUGUUGGCGCUGGUCAGAGCGCCGUGAGGGACUAGCCCAGGACUGGGGCUCUCCUCAGGCUGGGCAGGAAGCCUCGCAGAGGAAGUGGCCCCAGCGCGGCAGGCUGCGGCUGAGCGGCGGGGACCGGGGCUGCGGCACCUGUCUGCUCAGAGCUGCGCCCAGCCUGUCUUCAGGAUGGUCAGACCCCGGUUCACUCCAUGAGACAAGUUCUUCUGGGCAUCGCUGGGCGACUCACCCACUUGGAGAGGUCCCCAGAGGAGAUCGUCAGAGAGGACUGCCCAGAGAGGACGCCUGGGUCAGCUGGGAAUGGGGCAGCGGCAGCUCCCUCUGAGUAUCUGGUGAGCGCACGGGUUCCUCCCCACAGCCAGGCACACACACUCAAAGUUCGCUCUUAGCUGGGGGCGUAGGCGUGGGGUCUGAGACCCUGGGUUAAGACGUUCUCUUGUCUAGCUUUGAUAGCACUGCUGCUAAGACUCUGACAGGCAUGGGACACAGGAGCCACUUUGGGUUUUUUUGUUCCACUUCCAGAAGCAGAUGCAAGAAGACCUCCCAAGCAGCAUGUAUUGGCAAGAGCCGUGGAGCUCCAGGGUGGACAGCCCUGGAUUCAGAUCCAGCUCCAUGCCCCUGCCGAGGCCCCUAGACCAGCCGUGUAGCUUCUUGGAGCCUCUGAUACCUCAUCUUAAUAGAUGCAGCUGGACUUGCAGGAACAUCCGAGUGCCGGCCACACGCAGUGCCCUGCGUGUGCUAGUGGUUUCCUUCUGUGCUCGGUUGACCCAGCUGGCUUGGGGGGAGGGCAAGGGCGGAGACAGGAGGACACAGGGCACAGGACAGGUGCACCUGGAGGCUAAAGCUGCCGUGUGUUGAAGUAAAGGGAAGCCACCCCUAUGACGGUUCUGCCUGUUCUUGGAACAGGAGAGACUGUGGGAAGUGAAAUGGUCUGAGCACCCUGAGCACCCCUGAGCUGAGGGGUGUCAGGCGGGCGCCCCCCUCGCCACCCAUGUAGCCACCCGUGGCAUCAGCCGGGGUGAAGGUGGCCGACAGUCGGUUCAAGUUGUCUGCGCCUCACUUUCUUCAUGUGCAGAAUAGCCCUGAGGAUCUCCAGGGUGCUUUGCAGCCAUGCAGCCCCUUGUCUCUCACCAAACCGAAGCUCCACAUGUGAUGUGCAUUUUCCAGGGACUGCAUUCUAGACACACCUUGGGGCCAGUAUCCCUUGGUCGGCCUUCCCCUGCUUCGUGUCCGUCGUUGGGUCUCUUCCUUGGGGUUGCUGGGCCUGGCCCUCACACGGGCCCAGCUCGUGUCUUACACUGAGAUGGAGGAAGAGGUCAGAGAUCCAAGGGGAGAGGUGUUCUGGUGCAGGCUGGUUGGGGAGGAAGAUGGGUGCUGCUCUGCCUCUGAAGAGUUAGGACUCGGGACCAUCUCCCUGAAGAGGGGUAGGGGUUGGAGUGGGGACCCGGGCCUCCUCUCAUUUCCUGCUUUCUCCCCUGCAGGUGUCGGCAAGAGCAGUUUACUGUUACGUUUUGCAGACAACACUUUCUCAGGCAGUUACAUCACCACGAUCGGAGUGGAUUUUAAGAUUCGGACUGUGGAGAUCAACGGGGAGAAAGUGAAGCUGCAGAUCUGGGACACGGCCGGGCAGGAGCGCUUCCGCACCAUCACCUCCACAUAUUAUCGGGGGACCCACGGGGUCAUCGUGGUCUAUGACGUCACCAGCGCCGAAUCCUUUGUCAACGUCAAGCGGUGGCUUCAUGAAAUCAACCAGAACUGUGAUGACGUGUGCCGGAUACUAGUGGGGAAUAAGAAUGACGACCCUGAGCGGAAGGUGGUGGAGACAGAAGACGCCUACAAAUUCGCCGGGCAGAUGGGGAUCCAGUUGUUUGAGACCAGCGCCAAGGAGAAUGUCAACGUGGAAGAGAUGUUCAACUGCAUCACAGAGCUGGUCCUCCGAGCAAAGAAAGACAACUUAGCGAAACAGCAACAGCAACAACAGAACGAUGUGGUGAAGCUCACGAAGAACAGUAAACGAAAGAAACGCUGCUGCUAAUGCCCCCAGCCCACUGCAGAGACUGCACUGCGGCCACUCCCCCUGCCCCAGGCCAGGGGGCUCCUCUCCUGGGGGACACUGUUUCGUGCCGUUAUUUAAAGAAUUCUCUCCACGUUUUUGUACCGGGAGGCGCCAUCGGCACUUCCUCCCCUCCCCCAUCGAGUGCCAAGAAGGUGUUGGACAGCCUGCCCUUCCCUUCUGGCGCCCCUGCCCCCCGGCCAAGGCGCCUGGGCCCGGCGAGGACGCUGCCAGCCAAGCGGACUGAUUAACCGGAGUUUGUACAUAAUGUAUAUUGCUUUAACCAGCGCAUCACCCUUGUCCUGCUCUGGCUCUUGCCUCCCUAAUGCCAGCCUGCUGCGACACCCCCUCCCCACCCAACCCCAACUUACUGCCAGCAGCUUCCUGAGGGGACAGGAUUACAUGCUAGA